AUGGGUGUAAGAAAUUUGACAAAUUUGAAAUGGUUGGAUUUAAGUAAUAAUGAGUUCAACAGUUCUCUAACAAGUUCAGCAUCAUUGGCUGCGCGUGACAUCACGGAAGAGGCGCGUGGAUCUUUGGAGGUGGUUGAGGCUGUGAAAAUAGCUGGUGAGGUGGUGGAGGCAGUGGGAAAUCGAAGUUUACGAAAUUUAAAAAGUUUGAAAAAGUUGUAUAUGAGGGAUAAUGGAAUAAAUAGUUCUCUUACUCUCACAGGAAUAUGUGAAUUGAAAAACUUGGCUAUAUUGGAUCUCAGUUUCAACAGUUUCUAUGAUCAACACUUGAAAUGUCUUCACAACUUGAGUAACCUUAAGGGUCUUGAUCUUUCAACCAAUUGGUUAAGUGGGAAGUACUUGUCAUAUGUUGCUGAUGAUCUCACAUCCCUGGAAUAUUUGUCACUUUCUAAUAACAAUUUAGAAAGUUCCUUGGCUUAUGAUCUGUUUCAACCUACAAGUCAGCUACCCGAGAAUAUUGGUACAAUUUUGCCUAGAUUGUUAUAUGUGGACAUGUCAAAGAAUUUAUUAGAAGGUAGUAUUCCUUCUUCAAUGGGUGGAAUGAGAAGACUUCAUCUUUUGGAUUUGUCUAGCAAUAAUUUUUCAGGAGAGUUACCAAAUGGUUUUCUUAAUGGUUGUUUCUCAUUAAAAUUUCUAAAACUAUCAAACAACAAAUUUCAGGGGCAGAUUUUUCCUAGGCAUAUGAACCUAACACAAUUACAAUGGUUAUACUUGGAUAACAACAACUUCAGUGGAAAAAUUGGAAAUGGGCUCUUGAACGCAACUUCUUUAGUUGUCUUAGAUAUCAGCAACAACAAAGUAUCUGGUCAAAUUCCACAUUGGAUUGGCAAAUUUUCAAUUAUUUCUCACCUUGUAAUGUCAAAUAAUCUUUUAGAAGGUAGUCUUCCCAUUGAGCUAAGCAAUCUUAAAAGUCUUUCACUGCUAGAUGUCUCUAAAAAUAGGUUGUCGGGAUCUAUAGUGCAUGACUUUACUCUUUCAGUGGACUAUCUUUACAUGCAAAAGAAUGCUCUUAAUGGAUCAAUCCCAAAAUCAUUGUUCGAAAACUCUAAUUUGAUUACACUUGAUUUGAGAGGCAAUAAGUUUUUUGGAAAUAUUGAUUCUCAUUGGUUUAAUGAUCGCUCAACUCUUCAUGUUCUCCUCUUGUCAGGCAAUGACCUACAAGGCAAUAUUCCUAACCAAUUGUGUCAAUUAAGAAAGCUAGGUCUCUUAGAUCUUUCACGUAACAAACUCAAUGGGUCAAUACCACCAUGUUUUAUUAAUUUGACAUGUUGGAGUGUGGUAGGGAAGAUUGUUCAUACUCUUCUCAAUUGGGCGUAUUCUUGGGAUUUUGCUAUUGAUAGACUAGAUUUCUCCUAUGAUAGAUUAGGUUCAUCAUUUUUUAUGGAUGAAAGUUUUGAUGAAAUUUUGCAUGCACAAAUAACCUUGAAAGUGGAAUUUACAAUGAAAAAUAGAUUAGAGUCGUACGAGGGAUAUAUUUUUGGACAUAUUUCUGGAUUGGAUUUGUCAGACAAUGAAUUAACUGGUGAGAUUCCAUCAAAAAUUGGAGAGCUUCAAGGAAUCUUAGCAUUGAAUUUGUCUUAUAAUUCGUUAUCAGGACCUAUACCAAAGAGUUUUGCCCAUUUGAAAGAGAUAGAGAGUCUAGAUCUUUCCCACAAUAAAUUAAGUGGCCAAAUUCCUCUACAAUUAACUCAGCUAUAUAAUUUGGAGGUCUUUUACGUAGCAAAUAAUAACUUAUCGGGAUCCAUUCCUAAUCAAGCUCAAUUUGGGAGUUUUAAUGAAAGCAGUUAUGAAGGCAAUCCUUAUCUUUGUGGUCAAUUAAUUAAGAAGAGUUGCACUAAUGCAACAAUGCCACAACCUCCAACAACUAUGAAAGAUGAAGAUGAUAAUGAAUCUGUUAUCGACAUGGAAGCAUUCGGCUGGAGUUUUGUUGGAUCAUAUGUCACAACUAUAUUGGUGUUGAUAGUGAUCCUUUGGAUCAACUCGUAUUGGCGUAGACACUGGUUUAAUUUUAUUGAUGUGCAUCUUUAUUUAUGUUUUUACUGGUUUUCCAAGUAUAUUUGGCAUUGA